AUGCGACACAUACAGUGCCACCUCGAAACUAAAGAACUAUGGGACAAGUUUAACGAAUUAGGAACAGAAAUGAUCAUCACUAAGACUGGAAGACGCAUGUUCCCGACGGUGCGCGUAUCGUUCGCCGGGUGUCGCGCGGACGCGCGCUACGCCGUGCUGCUGGACGUGGUGCCGGUGGACGGCAAGCGGUACCGCUACGCGUACCACCGCUCGUCCUGGCUGGUAGCCGGCAAGGCGGACCCGCCAGCACCCGCGCGCCUCUACCCGCACCCUGACUCGCCCUUCUCCGGUGACCAGCUGCGCAAGCAGGUCGUCUCCUUUGAGAAAGUCAAGCUCACCAACAACGAAAUGGACAAAAAUGGACAGCUGGUCCUGAACUCUAUGCACAAAUACCAACCGCGCAUUCACCUGGUGCUGCGACGAGAGGGAGCUAUCAAUGCGCCCAUCACAGACUUAGAACAAGAAGAAUUCAAGACGUUCAUAUUCCCCGAGUGCGUGUUCACUGCCGUCACCGCGUAUCAGAAUCAACUCAUCACGAAACUGAAAAUCGACAGUAAUCCAUUCGCUAAGGGAUUUCGUGACUCUUCACGUCUCACCGAGUUUGAGAGAUACUAUAUCACGGGGGAGCACGAAAGAACAUCAGUCUUCCCCGACGACGCGCGCUACAGCGCCGCCAGUCAUAGGGAGACCAUGGAGUCGAUGUUGGCUGAACAACACUUCCUACGUUCACCACUGCGACCGUUUGAUCUGGACCAACAUAACAACAACUUAACGUUGGAAGAGAAGGCGAUAUUGGCAGCACGGUCACAACUGUUCCUGCGUGCAGCGUACCCGCUGUACGGUGUGCCAGCCGCGGCGCUGUGGGGACAAUGGGCGUGUCUGGCGCCACAGUUGCUGGCACAGCAGCAUCUCGCUGCCUCUGGGUCCGGCCUGCAGCUGCCGCGACCGGUGUACCCGGGUGCUUUGGGUGCGGGUGGUGCAGGCCCGCAACCGCUGGCUCAGCACCGAUUCUCUCCUUACCCUGCUCGCCGUGCCUCACCAGGGUCCUCACCAGACUCGCUGCGCGACGCCAGCCCGCACCCUUCGCCACUGCACCCGCCGCAUACCCCGCACACCCCACACGCGCCGCACCCGCCCCACAGCCCCACUUAG